AUUAAAUACGCAAGGGUCUUACGUCUUAUUAGAUUGUCAUGCGCUGCGCCCCGUGGGCGGCGGCGAGCGCGGAGCUGCUAGCGUCGCGGCGGAGGUGAAGGAAGGUGGAGUGGAGGCAGCGGCAGCCAGUGCGUCUGCUGUCUCUGUCGGAGUGACCGGACACACCUCUGUUGACCUAUUUUCUGAUUAUUGCAUUGAAACUUAACUAUUUAUACUUUAAGGGCGUAAAAGCGGACACCCCCGUUUCUCCUAUUAGUGCAAUUUAAAAUAAAAUAUAGCCUUUGCUUUGAACUAUUUCCGACGUAAAAACUGUGUUUUAUACAGUGCUUUUGUUUAUCCAUUUGAACAGUCAAAAUGCUGAUAUUAGUUUGACACAGACACCCUGGAGAAACAAUGCAUCAAGGGAGAGCUAAUAUGGCUCUCGUAAAAUCCGCUCCGGAGUUGGACUUGAUGCUGGUUUUCGGAUAACAGAAAGAUGGAAUCAGACCUUCCCCCAGGAUCCUGCAACUCUACUGGACAUUUGUCCACCAUUGGAUACCAUACCCUACCUGGCCGUAUGCACCACUCGGCUAGCACGCCGGCGGGGGUGGACGGCGCAGGAGGGGGCUCGCGGACUCCCCCCGCUACUCCGAAGAAGGGCGGCAAGAUGCUGGCGGUCAGGGUGCAGAUGUUAGACGACACAAUAUCCAUGUUUCAAAUACAGUCCAAGGCUGUGGGCCGUGUGCUGUUUGACCAAGUCUGCCGGCAGUUGCACUUGUUGGAAGCCGAUUAUUUUGGAUUAGAGUACCAAGAUGCAAAUGGAACACGGUACUGGUUGGACGUGGAGAAGCCGAUGUGCCGGCAGCUGGGGCUGUCGAUGCUGGAGCCCACGCUGCGGUUCUGCGUCAAGUUCUACACGCCGGACCCCGCGCGCCUCGAGGAGGAGUUCACCCGGUACCUGUUCUGCCUGCAAGUGAAGCGCGACUUGGCGCAGGGGUGCAUACAGUGUAAUGAGAACACGGCCGCUCUGCUGGCUAGUUACAUUGUUCAAGCUGAGUGCGGAGACUUCGUGCCUGAAGAUUAUCCCGACCACACAUACCUUAGCGGAUACAAAUUCUUUCCCGGACAAGACUCUGAAUCUGAGAGACGAAUUAUGGAAAACCACAAAAAGCAUUCCGGACAAAGUCCUGCGGAAGCUGACAUGAACUUAUUAGAGACUGCGCGAAGGUGUGAAUUAUAUGGCGUCAAGAUGCACCCAGCCAAAGACCACGAGGCAGUGCCGCUAAAUUUGGCAGUGGCGCACUUAGGCAUUCUAGUAUUCCAGAACUUUACCAAGAUCAACACCUUCAGUUGGGCUAAAAUAAGGAAAAUAUCUUUCAAAAGAAAAAAGUUCCUUAUCAAAUUGCAUCCUGAGGGUUACGGAUAUCACCGCGAUAUCGUCGAGUUCUUCUUCGAGGGCCGCAACGAGUGCAAGAACUUUUGGAAGAAGUGCGUGGAAAACCACGGGUUCUUUCGCUGUUCCAGCGUGCCGCGCAUUCAGAGACACAAGACGCGCGUCAUGUCCAGAGGAUCCUCGUUUAGGUAUAGCGGCAAAACCCAGAAGCAAAUUGUUGAAUUUGUCAGAGACAACUAUGUGAAAAGACAGACUUUCCAAAGGUCGGGCUCGUUCCGAGCGUCGCGCUCGCUGCGCUCCUCGCGCGGCAACGUGUCUCAGGCGCCCGCGCAGGGCACGCUGAACGCGAGCGUGUCGGCCCAUCCGCUGCUGCCGCUGCCGCCUGGCUCUGACGCGAUUUCCCUGGAGUGGGACAAGCAACCUCACUACCUGGAGGCUUCUCUGAUGAUGAAGGGCUACACGGCGGAGGAGGCAGCGCAGGCGGCGCGGCGCACUCGGCGACCUUCGGAGGGCGCGCCUCGCCCGCUGCUCACAGCUACCGCCUAUGCCGCCACGAGGGACAAGCUAUCAAAACUGUACUGCAAGCAAAUCGGGGCUCCCGAACUAGUGACACGUGCAGAGGUCAAUCAUCAUCCUACGGAGGAUUCGCCUCUGCCUCUUCGGACGACGACACCGUUGGUUUCUCCGGAGAGUAUAUGGAGCCAGGCGAGUUCGUGUCGCGCGAAUGGUCGCGCACGCGCACCCACUCCGCCACCUCGUGCCCCGCGCCCUGCAGCAGGUCAGAGUCCUCCGCCGGCCACGGCCAUGCUCACGCACACUCACACUGCCACCCGCCCUGCCACCGUCUGUCCCGCCUCCCUCUCCCCGGACCCUAGCCCUUAUCCAGAGUUUCUCCUCGCUAAACAGUCUUCCAGCUUUAAAAAAUCCUCAGAGAGGCUCGAGUAUGAGCUGUCGCAGUCUAAUAUAUACUCGACCUGCCCCUCUACACGGUCUAGCCGAUCGGGCGGGUCGCUCCUCAUCGAGGAAGUGGACGAUGGCUUGCGCGCCAGACUAGUAUGGCGUCGUAGUGCUAGCUGCCGUAACCUACGCGACUUUAGCUUCGACGACGCUGGCCGUGCGAAACGCAGAGCAAAUAAACAGACACGAGACACUCGUAGCAUGUUUGCCGAUUUAGAUUCUUACUAUCCGGUAGGAGACCGUUGUGUAGAUUCGCCUAUCACGCGGUACGACGACGCUCGUACAUUAGCUUUUGUUCUUGGAAAUCAAAGUUCUAUAGAAUUACAGAGGGAAAUGAUAGGCAGAACUUAUUCUUCUAGUUUUCCAGGGGCGACUAGUGAGCCUAGGUUGGAUUUACCAACGUUUGUUCGCAGUGGGUCUCAGGAUGAUAUUUCACACGACAGUUACGAAUUGAUUGAAAGAUCCGACGAUGAGUGCUCAGAGAACCGUCGUUACGCGAGAGUGCUGCCUCGUUCCGUGGCGCACACUCGUUCAUGCUCUUUGGAUUCAGGUAACGACCUUCCUUCAGACGAUGAAUCACUGUCUCACUUAUCGGAAGUCGACGACCAGGACAUGAAUAUUAACUUGAACAGCGUUAAGUACAAAAGUGACAAUGAUCUACCGCUUGAUCCAUUCCUUCUAGAUGAUCCACGAAUUUUGCCCCGGGAAAAACUUUCCGUUCGAUCUGAUGGCUGCUUUUAUAAAGAAAUAAAGAGAGUUCUUGGUUCCAGAGCUUCGAGCCAAGAAUCUAAAAGUGACUUUGGUGAAAAAAUAUCUAAAAGUAGCGCAGAGUCAAGUAAAAAAUCUCGAGAUAGUGUAUAUCACACUGAUAGCAAGAAGUCGCGGGAAACGUUGAAGAGCAAAAGUUCUGAUAGAUCGGGCUCGAGGACUUCGAGUCAAGAUUCAAAGUCUGACUACUACGACUGUAAAAAGAACUUAUACGAUACUGAAAAUGAUGUCAAUAUCAGAAGGCGUAGUGCCACUAGUAUACAGAAUGUAUACAUAGAUCCUUUUGAACCUAUAUCGCCAUCGUCUAGUCCUGACUCUAAUAAAGAUUUUUAUGAUACUCAAUCUACUUUUAUCGAAAUGGAAAAACUAGAGUAUAGGGAUAAGAUGCUUUUCGAUAAGUCGCAUGAAGACUUAAUCGCAAACUUGUCAGAUGCUCCCAAUUUGUAUCACAUCCCUACCCCGUACUCUACAUUUCCAAGUAAUAAUAAACACCGAGAACAUAGUCCUAUGCAUUCUGCAAGUCUUCAGAAUGUGGAAUUAGAUCAGUACAUUCAUUAUUCGGAUGUGAGUCCUCCUAAAAAAACGGACGAUUUCUCGACAGAAGAAGAAGAUAUGCCUCCUCAAACUACUCAUAUAUGGCCUGAAAAAAUUGUUGGCUUGGACACUGAAGUCGAUAGCAGUAGAGCGUCAAAAAUACAGAGCUACCAGCGUCGCCGGUCUUCUGAAACUGUAUUUAGCUUCGAUAAAGAGAAAAUAGAGUCAUUGACUAGUUCACUUAGUAAAGAUUCAAACACUUCGCACCUUGUGAAGGAAUCAUCCAACGAAUCUGAUGUAAACGUACGUAUACUGCCCGCUAUGGAUAGUAUUGAAUAUGCGAAAAAUAAAGCUAAAACUGCCGCCAUUCAACCGGGAACUUCGUCUAUCUUGCAAUCUGAGUUUGAUAAAUCAAUGCGGGGAAGAGUUCACACGCACAUGGUAAGGAAAGAAAAUUUGAAAGAAGAACUUAUGGCUAAAACGCAUUUUGACGAAUACAAUCCUAAGUUGAUCCUUGAAACUAGUUCAAGCAGCCGUUUGGCAGAUACGUCUAUCCCAUAUACGCAUCCAACUGUAGAACGGACUAAAAGUGAUCCAAAUAGCCUCGCUAAUAGGCCUAGGUUUAGUAGUGUAAACUCUCGAAGACAUGUUUUGAUGCACCAGAAAUCUAUUGAUUUAACACCUGCUGAAUCUAGCGAUGAAGAUUAUAUAUUCCGUCAAAUACCAAGCGCUCCACCCAUUGCAACAAAGCGCUCACAUUUCGAACUGCCCUCAAGAAUCCCGGAUCACGGACGUCCACCAUUUGAUUUGCCAAAAAAUUAUUUUAAAGAAUUUGACGCCUUUAAAGCUGGUUUUAAAGAUAACAAAAAAAUUCCUGAUGACGGUUACGACAUACCAUAUGUACUACAUAAAAGACAUGUUAUGAACGGAACAGCUCCGUCCCCAUUAGAAGACAAGAGACAACCUCCUGAUAUUAUAAUGCUGCCGCCGCAAAAUGGACGUCACAUUCUUAAUGCGCAUGCUAGGUGCAAGUACCACGAUCAUCCCAAGUCACCACGUUCACCGAAAUCACCAAAGUCACCGAAGUCUCCGAAAUCGCCAAAGUCUCCAAAGUCUCCAAAGUCUCCUAAAUCCCCUAAAUCUCCAAAAUCACCCAGAAACAGCAUUCAAGUCGAUCACGCAUCAAAAUUUUUAGAAGUUGAGAAUCGAGACUUUUUGUUUACUCAAAAUAUUGAUUUGUCCAAGGUAGACCCAGUUACAUUAGAAGUAGAUAAGAGUGGGCAACUGCAGCAUCUGCCAAGUCCUAAAAGGGAUAUAUCUAAACAUUUGGAUCCGGCACUUCUAGAAACUUUAAACUCAAAGUUGAGUCAGAUCGAAAGUGAUUCUGCUACUAGUUCCAAAACCGACAGUAUACGGCAUGAAACACAAUAUUCUCAUGAUAUUAAGUUUGCAAUUAAUGGCCGUAAUGUCCAACAGCCUCCUAUUAGUAAGGAACCUAAACCGAUGUCAGCAGCUGAAAAACUACGCGCGGAUAUUAAAUCGAAAUCAGAUAAACUACCAUCUAAAAGAGGUCAAAAAGCUCGAGGAACUGGAAAAAAAGGAAGCUGUUGUAAAAUAAAAGGUAAAACUAAUAACAAAAUAAGGAUUACUUCCUUCUCCUCUGACGAUGAAAGUGUUGACUCGGAUGAUGUGUUUGGUACAACUGAAGCGGCACCUAAGCUUGAAUUUUCACCACCGCAAUCACGUAAAGAUCUCGAACCUAUCUUACAGCUUGAGUAUGAUAAAAUUACGUCAGGUGCUUGGCAUAGAGGGCAAACAAUGAGCUCUACUGAAAUAGAAGGUUCUCCACCUCAGUGUAGGAGAUUAGUUGAACUAGAGGCAAAGUACAACCCUCAAAUACUUGAGAGUAUUUCCGGAAAUGCUACAGAGUUACGAAGGAUUUCUGAACGGUCAAUUUCAAUUCCUAGUUCUGAGGACGAUAUAGCUAUUAAACCUCCAGAAGUUAAGCAACUUAGCAAAGAAAGUUCCACGUGGGAAUAUAAUGAAAAUAUCCCAUCGCCAAUAUUAGAAAGUACUGAAUUUCUGAAAAGUGACGAGGAACAUUUAGCUGACAUGGAAAUCCAAAAAGUGACAGGAAUACUUACCCCGUCCGAGGAAAAAAGCGAUCUUUCAAAAGAAACUAAAAUAGACUCAAAUAGACUUGAUAUCAAAAAAAGUUUACGCGAUGAAUUGAUUUCCCCUAUGCUUCGUAAAACCGGCGGCACUCCGAUUUUAUUUGCUCAUGCUAGGUUGAAUCUAUCCGAAGGUUCGGUUUUUACUUUACAGCGCCAAAAAGCUACCCAAGAUUCUCCAACUGUUAGCCGUAGAGCUAAGAGUUUAGAUACACCUGUUAUACAGUUGCAUAGAUUACCACCUAUGAAUGCAUUUUCGUCGAAAGAUGAUACAGUUGAAGACAUAAACGAAGAAGGAGAAAUAUUGGAAGAAAAACCUCUAAUUGAUGAUAAAAAUCAGAAAAUGUAUGCAAAAAUAGGCGAUAACAUAAGUAAAAUUGAGGAAGUUGAAGAAGAUCAGCCAUCUGAGACUCCAAAAGAUUUAAAAUCCAUAGUAAUUGACACUGAAGAGCUUCAGUUAUUGGACGAUUUGGUCGAACAACGUCGCCCACGCUCAUUCAAGAGAAGGUAUGAUAUGACUAAAUUGAAAUCGCAAAUUAAGUCUCCUAGCCGAUCACCGUUAAAUAGGUCGCCUUUGUCUAGGUCACCUAUAUCAAAAUCUCCAUCGAGGUCUCCGACAUCUUCGUUAAAUUCACCCAGAGGUAGCAUAAGAAAGUUAUCAGAUUUAAGUGAAGAUCAAAUAGUUCCAGAUAUAGAAAGAAUCAAAAGAAAAGAAAAGAAGAAAUUAACUUUAAAAUCUCGUCCCGAUGAAAAGCAGAAAAACAGCAAUAAAUUAAAUAAAGGUGGAUCUCUUGACACAAAUGCCACUAAAGUUAAGGCAUUACAAACUCAAAAGUCACUGCCAUCAUCUUUAAAGGAACGUCCAGAUUUUCUUACAGUACCACCUCUAGAUAUGGUACGAGCUAAAAGUCAAGAAUUGGAACAAAUGUCUAAGAAAACAAUGAAAGAGAAGUCAAAAUCUUUGGAGAAAAUGGAAGUGAGACGUGGAAGUAGCAAGGAAAGGACCAAGUCGCAAGAAGAAAGCGAUACAGAAAUAGCAAAACGUAAGGAAAAGCAACAAAUGUUAUUCGAAGCAGCUCUGAAGCAAACAAAAACACUCAUCAGCCCUGUAAAAGACACGAUGCCAGCAUUUCCUCCUCCUGAAGAUAAAAUCUUGGUUAAAACGGAGGGAGAUAAAAUUAUAAUAGAAACUAAAAUCAGUAGCAAGGCUGAAGAUCAUGUUUUUAUCGCUAAAUCCCCGAAAAAACUAGAUAACAAAUUGAGUGGGAAAAUUAGCCGUAGUUUUGAAGAUCCAAAGUCUUCGAAGGCUAGUAGUAAGAUGAACAAAAGCAUGGAUGACAAAUCCAGCCAAUCGCUAGAAGAUAAAUUUGAUGAUAUGGAGGAUUUACAAAAGUCACCGAAAACAUUAUCCAAAAAACAAGAAAUAAAGCAACAAAUUGAGGGCAAAGUUGUUUAUCAAAAAAUUCAAUCUAGUAUAAAAUCAAAGAGCUUAGAACGUAAAGUUGAUGUCCAUAUUGAUUCUAAAUUAAAAUCUAAAAGUCUCGACAGAAAUUAUGUUACGCCUCCGAUCAUAUCUGAGUUGUUACCUACAGCUGCAGAUCGAUACUUUAAACAGGAAGUUGUUAAAGUAGACGUUCAUCCUACCGUAAAAGAGGACAACACUGAGGAUAAAUAUGUGAAAACUGUAUCUCCGUCACAUAGUUACACGGAUAAAUCAGGUGAUUCCUCAAUUGAAUGGGUAACUAACUCGUCUAAUACUGUUUUAGAAAACGAUACUCAGACGGUAAUAAUGGAACGUAGAAAAAUAGAUAUAUACAAUAAACAAAGACAAACUGAAUUGCAUGGAAGUAAAGGUAAUCAAAAUGUCCAAAGCUUACUUGCCUCCGACAGGAAGCCUGAAGUAGCGCGUUUAACAAGCGAAGAAGAAUCACUUACUGAAGUCAGUGAAUUAAAGCUGUUCGAUGAAAGUCACGUGUUGGGAAUUUCUUUGCCUUACAUAGAUGCUGAUAGUUCUUCUGAUCAAGACCAAGCUUCGAAGAAAGAGCUUCAUAUGAAAUUUUCUCGUGGUAGAAGUGAUGAGGCUAAUUCCUGGGGAGGUAUGGAUUAUGAUGGCUUCACAGAAUCGACAGAGUUACCGUUGUCGGAUACGACUGUUAUGAAAAGACGCAAAAAAGGUUUAGACACGCAAGGUACUUUUGAUGAAUCCUCUGCAAGUCUAGUAGAGUUUUUGCGUCAAGAAUCACAAAUUUUGUCUGAAUCUGACACAGAUAAGGGUAUUACGGCGAGUAAAGAUAAACCAAAAUCUAUUGAUUUACCAUCUAAAUGGAAAAAUAAAAACAAAAUCAUCGUAACCCCUCCCCAAGAAAACAGCCCUACCUUGGAAAAUAUACCCUUUAUUGACUCAAAUACUUCAAAGUCCACAAAAAAACCUGAAUCUGGAGAACAUACUGGCAGCUCAGGGAGUACAAAUGAGGUAUCACCAACAGACCAAAAGGUUUUACUAACAGCGAAAUCGAGACGUAGUGAACUGUUGAAAUUAAGUGCUGAACGGUCUCGCAGCUCGGAGUCCACUAGUUGGACGAGCAUAGAAAAGGAUGUUAGCCCUUCUAGUGCUAACAUGAAAGGUAGCUCCAUAGACGAUGAGUCCAGUGUAAGUUGUUCUAUUGCUAGGCCAUUAGGCAUAUCUCAAGAUAUAGAGAAGUUAAACAAAAAAGAUAGAGAGUGCCUCGAAGAACUUAAGCAGUCAAUGGAGUAUGGAGAAGAACAUCUAGUUUCACAAUCUGUCUUAUCAAGCGAACAUUCAAAAUCAAAUUCUAAAUCUCCUUCUCCCAUUCCUGAAUUAAAUCGUAUUGAGAGUCCCCGAAGUCCAUCAAAAUUCAGUACUAGGAAAUCACCUACACCCACACUAGAAAAGCAAGGACCAGUGGAUUCACAAAAAGCUCCAACUGAUUCAGAUUCCAGUUCAGAAUCUGUUGAUAAAACCGUUGAACAGCUUUCAAGACCUAAUGUGAGAAAAACAGGCUUAGAUAAAAUAGGCAAAUGUGUUAUUGAAGAAUCUGAAUCUAGUCAAUCAGCUGCAUCUAAAGAUGUUAAAAAAGAUUUACCACGAACAAUAAAGAAAACGAAAAUUGCAAUCACUAUAUCUCAAGAAGACCAAAACACAACUAUUGAUUUUGAUGAUGAUGGGAAUGUUAUUACUUCCUCGUCUUUCGAAAGAGAACUUAUGAAGAAGAGGUCUCUUAAAGAUACUGACCGAAAAAGUUCUUCUAAAUCAAGUAUGGAUACAACUACUACCACAUCGAAAGGUUCCCUAAGUGUAGAUGAUUCCUCUUCGAGAAGAAAAGGACGCCUUGACGAGCAAAAAAGUUCCUCUAAAUCGAGCAUGGAUUCUAGAGGUUCACUAAGUGUUGAAUCCAGAGGAUCUUUUGAAACUACUGAAUCAACUUCAGGUUCUUUAGGUGAAGCGUAUAGGCGUGGCGAAGAAUUAAAGCCAACAUGGAGGCCAUUCUUUGGGGCUUCAGGGAGUGAAAAUAGUACAAGUAUAGAAGAAGCGUGGAUACCACAAGAUCAUGAAGGUUAUGAAAGCUUAACAUUAAAUAAAGAAGUCUUUGAGUUUAAUAGCCAACGGUCGGUCGAUGACUUUCAAACAUUUUCCAAGAAUGCGCCGUCAGCAAAUUCUUCUGAAUCGUUAGAAGUGCCAGGGGACAGGGGUGGGUUUUUUGAAACUGACUUUGCAGAUGACCUUAAUGAUUUUCCUGUUAACUUUUUAUACCCAGCUACUUCGUCUACAGCAACUGACGUUGUUAUUGGUUAUGGACAAAACUUUGGUCGCACUUUGUCUAGAAUAUCUGAACGUAGCACAGCUUCAGAAAAGACGAGUGCAGAUGAAGAUUCGACCAAGGCUUGUUCAAGAUCUGAAAGUAUUAAUGAAGAGUCUUUGAAUUCUAGUGACCAUCAAGCUAGUCUCAGUUCGGACCCACCUAGUAACGCUAAUGUAGCUUAUAUUUCGGAUACGGAUAGAAGAACUUCUGCUGAGAUGCCUGAUAUACCAAUAGAUCAGGGCAAAAUAAGUGAAAUGUAUUCAGAAUCUAAAAAAGACAUAGACAAGAAAACUAAGACCCCAAGUAAUCAGGAAUCCAAAGUCUUGCACGAAGACUUUCAAAAGAUUAGCGCGGACACUCGCACGGCUUCAUUAAAACAAUAUCCCCCCGGUGAAAGUCAAGACUCUGACGACUGGCCGUUACCUGAACUUCCACCUCAAGCAUCUAAAGCACCAGACGUUAACAGUACCAGAAGAUCGAGUGACUAUGAUCAAUGGCCCUCUCCGCCUUCAAGUUUAUUAGAGACUCCAAUUGUAGAAAAAGUCCAUAUAUAUUAUAUGAGUAACGAGCCUGAACAAGCUAUGAAGGUCACUAUUCAGCCUGAAAGUUCUAAAGGAAAUAUGCAAGGUUCUGAUGAUGAUAGUGAUACGCUAAACAAUGAUGAAGAUUAUGAAAAGGAUGGCCAAGAUGUCACAUCCGUGAAACAAGCACAGAAAAAAGGAGGUGGAAAUGUAAACAAAAGCAGUAAAAUUAUACCUUACGAACAGUCUGGAUACAUGGUUGAACCGUUAGAAAAACAAGACGAGACUGCUUACUUAAACAAGGGCGUGGUGCCCAAUUACGAUCAGUCGUGCUUGAGCGGAACGAUUAGUAAAGCUUCUUGUCUUAUUGGUGACAUGGGUUCAUGUUGUUCUCGCGCUGAACAUAAAUCUGUUGGCGUUAGGAGCAGUUUGGAAGACAAAGUUAUUAUUAGUCAGCCAAUGAAAUCACCUACUACUCAUAGUCCCAUUUUCGAGGAUGACCCCUUGUUCGCUGAUGAUGUCUUCGGGGGUGAUAGUAAAUCACUAUCGCCAGAUAUAGAAAAAGGAUAUUCUCAGGUCGGAACACCUAAGUAUUCAUGUGGUUCGAAUAAUUCAGAUACUUCGAUAGAUGAUCUUCUGUCUCAAACUAAUGCUGAUGAUACUGUACGCGCGAUGACUAAAUUGAGUACUGGUAGCUCGAGCACAUGCAAACGUUGUAGUCACAGCAGCCAUUCAGAAGAAGAAACAAGUUCUUUUGGCACUGAUCUGGAUGGAACCGUCAAAAUAGGCUUACCUCAGAAAAAAUGUACUCAUAGUUCGCAUUCGGAAGACACCUCUAUUUGUUUAAGCAUUUCUGAGUGGUCUACUGGUACAAAUACAGUUCGUCAGUAUGCUAAUCUUUCUGCAUCUGAAAGCAUUUCGGCCAUUUCAGUCCCGAAAAGCGACAAAUCCGAUAAUGCAGUUGUUAAAGUACAUUCUUCUUCCCUUGCAAGUAAGAUAUCGGAUCAAAAAGUCAAAAUUGGAUCACAAGCAGAUCAAGGUUCUAAAAGCAGUAGUUUAGAUAAAAGUACUGAAAAUAUUAAGUAUGAUAAACUAUGCAGUUCAGAAACUACUAUAUCUAGAAAAGGAAUUGAUAGUAGCUCUGGAACCAAAAGUGAUAGCACCUUAACACUAGCUCAGUCUAUUUCCGAUUGGUCCGCUAGCACAAGUCACACAUUAAUAGCUACUGCCCGAGAAGAUCAACAAGAAGUCGAAGAUACGAAAUCAGAUGAUACAAUAAAAAAAGAAGCUGUUUUGUCAUUAGAUGAUAAGCAAGAUACUGAAGAAAAUUAUUUAAAGAAAACAUCAAUAACCAAAGAACCUCCAAUUGUUAUGCCUGUGCUGCGAUUAACCGCAAAUUACGCUAGCAAAACUGACAAGUCUUCGUCAAUUAGCUAUAGUGAUAAAUCUGAUAAAUCAAGCUCCAGCUCUCUGAGCAGUCUCCAAAAAAAUCCUGAUUCUGUGCUUCGAUUCGAACAAAGAUUAAAAGGCAUAGCAAACGUUAAGGAGGAUAAUCAUGAAAGAUACCAAAAGGUUCCACCUAAAAGUUUGAGCUAUGAAGAGCAAACUUCCCGCUAUACGAAACCCACUUUACGUUGCCAAAGCGAGGACAGUGGGUUCAAAACAUUUUUUGUAGGACCUCAACCUGAGUUGGACAUCGAUAUACCGUCACAGUUAUACAGCCAAGAAGAAAAGCACAGUGAACGUUAUCAAAGCCAAGAAUUUUCCAACAUUAUUCGUGAAGAUAUAGGUAAUCAAUUUAUGCGCUCCGAUUAUAAACCUUUAGCCAAACAUGCCAGCUAUGACGAUAAAACAUUAUCAAAGAAUCAAAUAAAAGAAUAUAAAAUAUCUCAGCAAUAUCGCACCAAGCCUAAAAGUUGGUCUUUUCAUGAACAUUACUUAACUUCCUCCGAACUGCCUGUUAUUGCUGUACCAGAAAUACCAUCCGUGCAUCGGGAUUUAUACGAUAAAAAACCCGGAGAACGAUCUGGGAAAACCCCUUUGUCUCGGUGCUCGCCUUAUUAUUCUAGCAGCCUUAGUUCGGAGUCUCCUCCAAUACAGCCUAUUAAAGCCCCCGUCAAAAAAUCUUUGUUGGCACGGAAUAUAUCUCUCAAAAGUCCUCCUAGUGGUAACGAUACUGACAGCUCAUUGGACGUCAUUAGAGAUCCAAGAGAGCGAAUGAAAACAUUUAGAAGAAAAAAACAGGUUACGAGCACACGAAAAAGACAGGAAAAAAUUCAAGAUGUGUUAGAAGAAGAUUCUACCAAGAGCCAGUGUUCUUCUGAAAGUGACAAGCCACAAUGCACGAAAUAUUUGGCCGUAGAAGAAACACUACGUCGCAUGGAGAGUUCGGAAUGCUCCGAUAGUUAUAUUCCAGAAGUCGAAUCAGGGUCUUCUGAAAUGUCAAAAGCUGAUUCUAAAAACUAUGACAUUGCUGAGCCAGUAAGUUAUUCAGAAGAUGAUGAACAAGGAGAUUAUAGGCAGUAUAAAAAUUCGCCUUACGAUACACAACCGUUUCCCAUUAAUAUUACUCCAGUGCAGUUUCAAGGAUUUGGGUCUUCUGCUGAUGAAGACGAGAUGGGAUUUCCGCGGUUUGAUAGGUUGGGUCGUCUGAGACAUCCCUAUUUGGAUUCUCAAGAACCAUCGUAUGUGCCAGAAGAUAGUCCUCCCCGGCUAUCUUAUUCAAAUAAAAGCAGUCGUCAGUCGUCUUUAAAGAAAUCUAAAUCGUCUAGUGUGUUCAGACAAUCCGAUGAAAAAUCUCUUGGAGAAUCAUCUGGGCAGGUUCAAUCUCGAACGUCAUUUUUUGCAGAACAAAGCGACAGAGAAGAUUCGGACGAUUACGCUUACCCAGUGGAUACUAUUAAAAGAGCUCCAAAGAUAUCUAAAUCAAGCAGUUACCUUUUUGCACGUGGAGAUUCGAUGGUUUAUUCCGAUUCAGAGUUGCCUCAGGAUAAGGAUGAAUAUGAACGAUAUAGGGGUAGUCCUUAUCCUGAGCAAUACGAUGACAUGGGUAUGUAUCAAACCCAAGAUUGUUACCCGCAAUAUGAACAUGAGCUGCGUGAGGUUGGCGAAUCUGGCCAGGAACAUUACUCGAGAGAUCUGGAUCAACGGUUCAGUCUUAAUAACGUCGAAAGAUUUUAUUCUAGUCAUUACGUUGACUCUCAGGCAUCCAGUGACAGCCCUGAACAAAAAUUUGACGUUUCUACACUCCCUCCGCCUCUAUGUUCUGAAGAUGAAAACGAUUAAAAUGUAACAAAAUCCUUAGCUCUAAUUUGUCGGUUAUUCUAAUUCGUUGAUAUCAUUCAAUAUACGUGAAUGUUACUUAUUUACUCUGCGUUUUAAAGCGUUUUAAUGUAAUUAACACAAUUGUUAUAGAUAUUGAUAUAUAUAUACAUAUUAGAUAUAUAUAGUAGGGUAAUUAAUUAUAUUAUUUGUUAAACAGAAAAACUUUAUAAAAUUGUUAGGCCAUGUAUCGUUGCUCGCGUUGCGUCUUACCGUCCGGCUCACCGUAGUUGUCGUAACUAUGAUGUGGUUGAUAUCUUAACAGCUGUCUGUUUCUAGUCGCCUGAUGAUUGUUACUGAACUUUAUUUAAUUGUGCAAUAAUAUGAAAAAUAUAAAUAGUAGUGGUCGCGUGCAGCAGGACAAGUUUGAGUAGUUUGACCCUGCGUCCAACAUAUGUUAACCGGGCGGUAUGCCGCAUAGAGCAUAUGUACCCUAGACAGUAGUCCCAAUACCUAUAGACUAAUUUGAUAACACAAAUUAUUUUUUACCACACCAGCUUGUAAAGAUACUCUUUCAUAUUCAAAAACUGAUGACAAAGUUGCAUUUUAUCCACAAGAGAAGGACACAUUUUUAGUGGUUUGCUCAUGUUGGCUGAUAGAAUUAACUUUGAAAGAUAAAUAUUUAAUAACGUUGAUUUGGAUUUGAUUUGUAAUGUUUUAGAGCUAGUGUUUUCCUGGCAUUGGUGUGGUAAAAAAAAAUCCUGUGUUACAUUCGGAAGCAACGUUUGAGUAACCCUCGUGUCUUGAAACUCACGAAACACUAAAAAUUCCACUUAUCGAUCCACUAACCUACGCUCGUGGUUCAGUUUUGGAAUCUUUCGCUUGCUCAGGUGGCAAUAUUAGCAUGGUGGGUUACACAACAACUUUGCCCCCUUUGUAAAAACCUAAUCUUAUCUUUGUUUCUGUAUCUCUGAUAUUCUACACCAACUUCGCGUACAGUUUAGGCUGGGCUGUAUAAUUCCUUAAAUAGUGUUGUGCUACAAGCGACGCUAACUAUAAAACAUGUCUUAAAACUAUGUGAAUAGCAGCUCACGGAGCCAAUUUUCUAAUUUUGUUUGCUCGAUAUCAUCACUUGAAAAUAUAUGGAAACCGGCGAAAAGCUAUUUAUGAAAUACAAGCCAUAGAAAUUGGGAAACUAGUGGUAUUUAGAAUUUAAAUACCUAGUAGUGGAAAUAGUAUCGUACGAAAUACACGAAAUCGAGCGGUCGAAAUUAAAAAAUCGGCCCUUUGUGCAAUUAGUUUAACUACUAUGCUUUGAUGGAGGUUUUUACUUGUAAUUCCUUGAUCGAAAGCCACUAUAUUUCUAUCGGAGAUGAAGAAACAGAAAUUACGGUUUAUCAAACGAUGUGUAAUGUGCAGUCAGCGUCAAUAGUAGCGGAUGAAGCAACGCGCCAAAAGUAUCUGCCUCCCUCUAAUAUUUUUUCCCAAGUAAAAUUAAAUCUCUAUGGCCUCACUCAAUAUUAGUUGCUACAGAGGCAUGUCUCUUUUUCCUAAGCUAUUAGACGAUGAUAGAUACUCGUACUUUUGACGUGUAGUCUGAUCCGCUGCUUUCGAUGCUAACUCUACUACUUACCAGCGGAAUGGCAGAAUUUUAAAAUCGCGGAUGUGUACGUAAUUGGCUGCUAAUGCAAAUAAUUGUGUACGAAGUGAUUAUUGUUAACAAAACAAUUAUGACUUAAUUAGAACUUUUUAAAGUUUCUGAAGCCAAAGCUUUAUAAUACAGGACUGUAACAAAUUUACUAGUGCCAAAUUUUAUCUUGAUAUUUUUAGGAUUAAAAAAUAGUAACCUACAGCUGUAUAGGUAUGGGAAUCGGAUCAUGUCCAUGAACAGCGACCGUUUUUGUAAGAUCUAAGUAGCGAAUAUGAAAGUAGUCUUGUUAAACGGUUAAAAUGUCUCAUGGUCAUCGUCUUAAUGAUGGAGCAGUGACUAAUUUAAAAUGGCUGUGAUUUAAUUUACAAGAUUGAGUUAUAAAAAUAUAAUGUUCACUGCUCAAAACGAAAGAUUUAGCCAUUUUAUUUAGUGUUAUUAGUGUCUGUAUGGUUUGAUCUGGUAUAAGUUACUUUAAAGCAUAAAUAGGUUCUUAUCGAGGUUUUUUCAUACGAGUUAAAUAUGACAAGCCUGUAACGUAACCUUACAGCCAAUUUUAAGUAGGUAGGUGCUUACAAUUUAUUUUGCGUCAACAUACCCGUUUUUUUUCAACAUAUUAUUGUCUUGUCUGUUAGUUAAAGUUCUACUUACGUUUAUUAAUUUUUACUGUCUAAAUGUUGAAAAAAAAAUAGUCCUUUUUAAACGUUAUGUUAUUACCAUUAUUUACAUUAAUACUAGCACUACUAGUUAUUAAAUUGAAUAAUCUAUGCAGAAAUCCGGUUUGUCAUCAUAAUAUACAGUCAUCGAAAAUUCAUAAUGAAAUAAUUUCAGUGAUAGUCAUGCCAAGUUUGUACGGAAUUAAAAUUAAAUCGAAAAUAUUAUUUGCGGUUUUGUAUCGACGAUAUUAAUAGGCUAUUUUACUAAUGAGUGAAGUCAGCUAGAGUAAUGGCAAAUAUUCUAUAAUAUUUUUCAGAUAGGUACUACAUUUGCAUAUUUUUUUAAUAAUUUCUCAAAAGCGGUUCUAGCGAUUUCGAUGAAAUUUACAUUAUCCGGGCACAUGAAAACGACAAUCAUCAAACUAGGGUUCAUUUUUAAAAUACAUACCUAUGUAUAAUAAUGGUCGUGACGAUGAUACAAUGAUCGUUUACAUGAUAUAAAGUUUAAUUUCACGAAUUUUCGAAUGUUAGCCUACAAAAAAUAGCAGUAUGAUAGGUAUUUUUGCCGCUGCUGUACUUUUUUUAAUAUGUAAAGAGAAGAAUAUGUCUCCUCUCUCUCUCAGAAAUCAUUUAAUGCCAAUAAGAUGUUCGAUCUUGUUUGUUCGCGUAUAAGUAUUUCGUAAAACUGAUUUCACAUGACUGAUAUUAAACUUUUUAACUUAAUGUAUCGAUAGUAAACUAGCCUAUUCUACGUGAUACUAAAGGUUCACAGGAAUUUGAAAGUAUGUUAUUUAUGAGUUAUAAUUACAAUACAUGCUGAGAUGUCGCAAUUUUUUAUUUAUUUUGCCAUCGACUAGGUGACCAUUGUGCACUUUCAUUCAUUCAUCAUUCGGCAUUAUCGCACAAUAUAUAACGUUUAAAUUAGUCGUAAUAUUAAUUUAAGACGAGCACGAAAACGGUAACUAGGAUAAGUUUAAAAUAUUUAAAAAUAUCUCAUCUCAUCCCUCUAUACAAAAUGUUUAGAAUAAGUAGAUUGGUAGUUCUUAUCUCAUGUUUGAUCUUCCGGGUUAUUGCGAAAAUUGUUGCUUUCAUAUGUGCAUCAUUGACCUGCGGGACCUUUUCGGAGUGCCAAAUAACCUGCUUGAAGAAUGUGUUAGUAUAAUUUCUAUGACGAUCUGUGAGACCUGUAGUACGUAAAUUUCCUUCCGUACUUUUAAUAGAGCUCUCUUUUUGGCUUCAACGAUGUAUUUAUGCUUUACAAAAUUGCAUCCUGGUAUCAAAAUGUUAUCCUGUUAUCCCUGAUGAGGGAUAACAGGAUACCAUCAUUCGUUAUUGUAGCAAAUUUCGUAUACAUGGUCAUUUUUGAAUCGUUAGCCAUAUUGUGCGCGGUGAUUAGGUAGGUCAUACUGAACAACUUUUUUCUAUGAGGCCAACUCCGAAAUCCCAAAAAAGAAAUGUGGCCUUCCCAUAGAAAACGUCGUCAUCCACUCGACCAAAAUGUAUAAAAUGGCCAAAAAAAAUUUUGUGAUUUCGAAGUUGGUCCCAUAGAAAAAGUAGUUCAGUAUGGCCUACCUAAUAAUCACCUCGCACAAUAUGGCUAACGGUUCAAAAAUGACCCUGUAUAAGAACCCUCUUAAUCCUAAUUACCAAUACGAUGGUUGGGGGACAACGAGACUUAACAUUGGCCGGUAAGUCCGGUAACGUAUGACGUAACGUAUGAAGUUCGAAGUAUGAUAAUCUCUAGCCUCUAGCCCAUUCGGCGGUGACACGUGGCAUCCUUAAUUUGUUUUUCAUUGUCAUUGCAACUCCUAUGUGUUAUUUUCUAUGACUAUUUAAAAAAACUGAUAUUUUGCUCUAGGUAAAAUGUGUAUUGAUAAAAAAAUUACGCACACGGUUUAUGUAUGAAUCAGGUUCCCUUUUUGUGAAUUUGUAUAUGAAAGGCUAACAAUAAUAAAUGUGCUAUUUUAGAAGUUCAUCAAGGUAGGGUACUGUUGCGGUAGGUAGAAACUAUUAAUUAUAAUAAUAUAGUCAAAUUUACUAGUAUCUAACUGUACUUUCACAAGAUACUCAUCAUGUAAUUUCGCGUAUUGAUUACAAACAGACUACUAGAAAUGUGUUUAACAUUUGAGAAUUAGAAUUUAUCUACUUUACCCUUUUACUUUAAAUAUCUCUGUAAUCCUAACAAAGUGAGAGAGGUAGCUUAAUAAGAUACUUUGCCUAAAAUUAAAGGUUUAAUGACCUUGUAGUAUUUAAGAAACCCAAUAAGACUUUAGCACUCGGUGCGCGUGCAGGAGUCAGCUUAUCGGUUGCCUGAUCGGUAGGUUUCCAGAACCGUCGACUGAUAUUGUAACUGUGCCAUCAAGUAGAUGUAGCAAUCGAUGCAGCUGCAACCACUGGAGCUCACGGCCCAACAUACCUGCCUCUCUACGUCUACAUUUACUUUGGUCUGCAAGUACCAAGAACCUUUUGGCCGCCGGACCUAGUCCGCAAAGACGCUCACUCACACGCCAGAGCAAAUUUUAAGUAAACAACUAAUAAAAAGUUUAGGGAUUGCAAAUAGUGAUAUCGAUAUUUACAAUUUAUGGUAAAAAUCUUUUUAAUUUAGCUUUGUCCUUAUCCUGUUUUAAUUUAAUUCCAAAUUGCCAAAAUUAAACAUAUGUUUUACACCCGAAAAUGUUUAAAAUAUAGGGAUUUAACAUAAAAAACAACCACUAAACAAUGUCGAUUCAAGACGUGAUAUCGCCGCACUAGGCUGUACGAGAAGUCUUUUAUACAAGACAACGGCGCGCAUGGACUGCCCGCAGUGCAGAUCGACAAGGACUGUUUCCGCGCGGAUCAAGUAAUAAUAGUCUCUAGGUCAACGGCGUAAGCGCUUGUCGGUACGUAAACUUUAUUGGCGUAACGUUAAAGCUGCGCAUCAUGUGUCGAUAAAGUCAAUAUACCGGAACUGUUUUAGUGAAAAUUACACGUGGGUUGAAUUUUUAAUGAGUGAAGAUAUUAUUCCGGAAUUAGAAUCUAUAAUUAAAUUUCAGUUUGGUUUACAUUAAUAUAGGUAAACUCUUAUCAAAAAAACGUUCAACGACUUGUUAUAAAAAAAUUACACAUUAACUUCAAUGUUAUAACAAAAAACUAAAGUCUGAUAAACAGGUAUGUCCCUGUACCACUCUUGUGUAUCCCUUCCCACUAAGCUAUAAAAGAACAUCAAUUAUUUUUUUUAUUUAUCUCUUCUGCAAUUAAAUAGUCCACAAUCUACAAGGGCAAAUUUACUUGUCUGACUCUAGUUUAUAGAACUAAAGAAGCUGCCUGAACUUUAAAUAUAGUUAUGCCUAUCUGACUCUCGUUCUACGUAUUCUAGUACUCGUAAGUAGUUAUACCUACUACUCGUUGAAAAAAAUUGGCGAUUAACAAGUGUUCAAAUAUUUAGAUAAAAACAUAUUUCUGACUUUAUAUUUACUUUAAAAAUUCCCAUAUCGAGUUAACAUUCCUAUCCCUAGCUGUCUUUUAUACAAGACAACGGCGACGAGGAACAUGAAAAAUGUUGAAAAUUGGAGCAAUUUUUUUAAAUGCCUUAUUAUAAAAGAAGGGAUUUAUAUAGCGGCUUAAAAAGCAAAUAAAUGAAAAAACAAAGACCUUAAAUAUGAACACGAGUGUAAAUGAAAUUGCAAUUGUUAUUAUUUUCCCACUAACUCAGUGGUUGAAUUUGUGUCUUGUAUACAAGACGACGGCGCCAGCGUAUCGUUCUAUCGUUGUCUUCUAUACCGGACAACGGCGGUCAAAGGGUUAAACCCGACGACAGGAUGCAAAACUGAAUAAGCAUCCUAAAUCCUGUUGUACUACUCUAUCCAUUAGUAUAGUAUAAGUUUGCAAGUGACCAGUCCCCAGACGCUGAUAAUAUAAUUAAUUUAUAACGCCUAAGUCGAACCCCUUUGUAUGAAUUGUAUAAACAGUAAUACUUAUUAACAAAUGUUCUUAUUUUACAUGAGCUCUAGAGUGCAAGUCGGUGCUACCUACUGGUUCAUCCCCGCUUUAUAAAUUAUAACCGUGGGAUAAAAGAAAUGUAUGAGCAAACCGACCUAGAUUUUUAUGACAUGCCGUACUUAAGUCAUACAAUUAAGACGUAUUCAAAAACUUGAUGUUUUACAGUAAUGCUAUCCAUUAAUAGACAUUGCAAAACCACACAAUCGGCACCCAGUCUAUGAAAUAUCGAUGUCUGUGGCUUUGAUUUAAUUGUUCCUUAUUUCCAUUUUACCCAUUUACCAAUAAACCUAUAAAGCGCAUUAUCAUAAUACUGCCUAAUAAUGCUUUUGACUGAGCGUGCAUAUAAUAUGUUCUCACUACAUACUGUUUUCGCUGGUUAAUUAACUUUCCACUCACAAAAAAUCGAAAUGUAGAUCAACAUCCAAAUUACAAUUAUUUCAGUAAUCAUGUAACUGUGCCAAAAUUGUUAUGAACAUUUUCAGACUAUACAUAGCCGAUAUAAAUCUCUCUCGUUAGUCCAUAUGUACUUAAACAGGAAUUAUUUAUACCAGUGGGGAGACACUCCUGACUUCGGUCGAAAUCCGUUCGGCUCAGCAUUGCUCCGAGCAAUUAUUAGGGUUGGCACCACUUGACUUCCUUGUGCGUGCACGACCACAGAUAAGAUAAUCACUUGAAUUCUGACAACCCUAAAUAGCCGAAAUGGAUAGUGCUAUAUAUUAGAAAGGGAUAGCACGAUUCGACCCUGAAUCGCUGUCAAACUUCGGGUUUGUAGGAAAUGUCCUUUCUGUACGGUAGUACUAUUAUUUCUUCUGUGGUAAUACUUAAUACUUUUUUUUUACAUUUAAAUCAUUGACUGAAUAAAAACGCUACGAGCCCUUGUAUUUACAAUAGGUUUAUUCUACAGGUAGUACAGAUCUACAGAUAUCAUAAAAAGUAAAGUUAAACGUAGGUUGUACCUACUUAUUGUAAUAUAGCUAGAAAUACACAGACAUUUGUAUAUCCAAAAAUUGAAAUAGAGUCCGUCUAAGCUAACUUUGUAUCGACUUCAACGGGACCAAAGUGUGGGAGUUUCAUUGUAAACAUCAUAUUUUCAUAGAAAUAUGUCAUUAAUGAUGACUUAGUCACACACUUUGUCAACGCAAAUGCCAUGCAGAGUUAGCUUGGUCCGACUGUCUCUGUAGGGCGUGCAAAUAAAUACAUACCAUUCAAGUAGGUAUAUAGAAUAUAUUUGUGGGUGGAAGGAACAGGUUAAGUUCACUUAGUCAUUAAGUCAUUCUGCAGAAACACCAAAUAUAGUACUUAAAUUCUUAAGUUAAAGCCGGAAAGAAAACGACAUGUGAACCAUGUCGUUUUUCGGUAUUCGCAAUCUAAAAAAGCUGUAUGGUUGUCAAUUAAGAAAAGUGAAAAUAGGGUACCUCUCUGAAAUUUUAAAGUUCAUGGACGCGCCCCUUAAACUUAUUUAUAAAUUGUUUAAUGAGUAGGUAGCGUUCUUUUCGUAGUUGCUACGCCACUUGUCACCCAAUAAUUUAGCCAUAGGUAUGGUGAGUCAACAACAAACUAAUGUCGCUGCACCCGCAUUCUUGCGGCUUCAGAACCGCAACAGAUACGCGCACGCACUUGCAUGACUGAAACCGCAAGAAAUUAGACUGAAACUGCGAUUAAUUUUCCACAAAAAUCAAUCGAAGUGCGUUUUAAGCCUUACAAGCAUUUCGCACGAAGUGACGCGUAAAAGUAAUGUUUUUUUAUUAGCCAAUAAGAGCGUCCCACGGCUGGGCAAAGUCGUCACUUCUUUCCCACCAUUUGGACCUUACCAAUGUUCACUCCCGCCGCUCUUUCAAAAGUCCUAAAAAUAUUUGACUUAAAUGGAUCGCUGUAAUACUGCCGCACUAUGCAUAAGAACACCACAAUCCAUUACAUUACAUUUUACAAAACCAUUUUAGAUUUGGAAUUUAUUGCACGACACUAAGUUUUCGAAUGUUACUCAAUACCCGUAUUGUUGUUUUGCGUAGUGGGGAAUUAUAACAACAACAUCUGUAUCAAUUAUUUUAUGUCCCAUUAUAGUCCUUUACUAUUUACUAUCUAAUUAUUUUAAAUUAAAAACGUGUUACAUCUUUCUAUAAGAAUUAAAACUCGUUAAUACUACGUUUGCACGUGGGGGCUUAUAUGUUAUAUGGUAUUACACAAUAUAUUAUGAUUUUGGUUAUUAGUUUAUUACCUUGCCUCGACACAGGGCACUUCAGACAGGUCCGUAAUCUUGUACUUAAUAUGUUAAACUUGCCGCGUGCUGUGUUCAUUCUCGUCAUCCGUCUUACACUCGUACAUUUUGUUUGUGCAUCUCGUCUCGAAACAGCCAAACUAAAAUUUAACUCGAUAACAGCCAAACUAGUUUCAUAAUGUCAUAGUGUUCAAUUAUAUGUACCUAAUGUAAUAGUGUCGUGUAUGCACGAAGCAAUUAUAGGUCGGUAGUGGUAAGGAAGGGGUCGUCGGCCACACUGUUAGUGCAAUAAAAGUAUUGGUAUUAUUAUUAAUAAUAGUUAGAUUUUAAGCCUUUUGACUUUUCGAUUGAAUGUGUACAAUCCGAAUAGACUGUAAUAUUUCCAAUUCAUCAAAUUAUGACUUGUUUAACCUUCGCGUAAUUUUGGAUAUUGUUUGGAAAUACUAGAAUGUUACUCUUUUAUGAAUUUAUUAUUAUGUAUACAUAUAUAUCAUGGUCUACAUGUAUUUACAUCGAUGUAAGUGUGUGGCAACCCUGCAAUACAAGACUCCUCUUUUAAAAGCGGAGCGUAGUUAAAAAAUAAACUAAUUAAACUUACAA